GGGAGGGGGAAGUUGACGGUAGGGAAGGGGUGAAGGAGGCAGAGUUACUAUGGCCAGGCAAGAUGGCUGCUGCUACACCAAGUAAGAGAGCAGCUUCUGACACCACCACUUUGCAGCCAGCCAAGAAGACACAUUGGUCCCAGGGGCUUCUAGCUUCCAUGAACGACCCAGAUCUUGUAGUAGAAUCUGACGAACGGAUGGUUAUCAUCAAAGACAAGUAUCCCAAGGUAAAAGAAGCCUUGGUAAAGAGUGCAGUAGAGUAUGGAUACCAUGCAAUUCCCAGUAUGUCUCAGUUACACCUACACAUGAUAAGCCAAGAUUUUGACUCUCCGUGCUUGAAGACCAAACGUCACUGGAACUCUUUCAACACACGAUACUUUUUAGAUAGUGCAGAUGUUAUUCGAUGUUUGGAGGAGCGUGGGAUGGUAGUAACAAUGACACCUAUAGCAGGAGAAAAACUGUUGGAUCAACCUCUGAAGUGCCAUAAGUGCAUAUACUCUCCUCAAAACAUGCCUAAACUUAAGCAACAUCUCUAUAAGCAUAUUAAUAAUUAAAUAUUCAUCAUUA